AUGAGCGAGGCCAGCCGGGUGUGCUCCGGCUACUACAGCCUCAACCGCAGCUUCGUGGAGCCCUUCCAGUGUCCCCGGCGCGGCGAGGGGGCCACCCUCAUCUACUGCUGCGGCUUCGCCGACCUCAAGUACUGCUGCAGUGAGCCGGGCAGCUACUUCCCCUACAAGCACAGCUACAUGUGGAGUCUCAGCAUUGGCGCUCUGAUUGGACUGGGAAUUGCUGCCCUUGUUUUACUUGCCUUUGUCAUCAGCGUCUGUGUUCUUUGCUACUUAUUUCUGUAUACAAAGCCUCAAAGAUUAGACACUGGCCUUAAACUUCAACACCUAGAGGCUACUUCCACUAAAGAAGGCAGCUCAAAUAGAAAAACCAAAGCCCCCAGUUCAAAUUCAACAAAUGAAACGUUCUAUGAAGCUGAUGAUAUAAUUCAAGAAAAAACAAUGGAUAUGACACAAAUCAACACUGCUUACUGUUAA